UGUAUGACUCGUACUAUCUAUACGUAAUUCUGUUUAGACACCCCCAUUAAUAAAGGACGGUCGCUCCGAGGUCAACAUUUCGUCAAAUCCGCGUCGAAAACGACCCGCGCUAGCCCCAAAGUGAUUCAAAGUGAAAGUGAAAAGACUGGAUUUUUCAUAUUUUUAUUGGCACAUGGAUAGUCGGGGGGCGUUGUGACGACGGUUCCCGUAGAGCGGCACCACGUUUCGCCACAGCAAGCUCCGGUACUCCAACCGCUUGGCGCGAGGGUCGCCGCUGCGGGCUCGCGAGCCGAAGGCGGCGUCAUUGAGCCGCAUCGAGAGCGGGUCCCGGGGAGCCCCCGAGCCCGGGGGAACCCCCGCGCCCGUCCGCCCCGGGUACGGCUACGAGGCGCUCUCCGCUGCCAGCGAUGGGAGCGACCAGGAGCCCGAGGAGAUCCCGGAGUACACCCCCUUCGAGAUGGAGACGUCCGGCGGCGGGGAGUCCGUCGAGAACCCCUCCUCCAGGGGGUCCGCCAAGGUCAACUUCCCCCCGGACGUGGAGCUGGACCGCCGACCCACUGCCACCUUCCAUCGCGGCCGAGGGAGGUCCAUGAGCGCCUGGAGCGACAUCAGCAGGUCGAGCAUGCGGUUCGAGGAGAGAGUGCGAGUGGAGUACUACGUCAACGAAAACACAUUCAAGGAACGACUGCAGCUCUACUUCAUUAAGAACCAACGCUCAAGCUUAAGGAUACGCAUAGUAAAUCUCUUCUUCAAGAUAUUGGCGUGUCUGCUCUACGUGUUCAGGGUGUGUGCUGAUGGAAACCCCAUUUCCUCCAGCUGUUACGGCUGCAAGCCCGGCAACAAGACGGAGUUUGAGUUCUCGGCGAACCUCACGGAGGAGGAGUUCCAGGAGCACCCCAUCAUCAACUGGGACGGGAUAAUAUGGGUCAACCGCCCCCUCUACCUGUGGGGGGUCCAGGUGGUGCUCGCCAUGAUAUCCCUGGCAGAAGCUACCUUGCUGGUGUACCUGGGGUACAAGGGCAACAUCUGGCAACAAGUGCUGUCGUUUCAUUUCAUACUGGAGAUGGUCAAUACGGUACCCUUUGCGCUGACGGUCCCUUUUCCACCGCUACGGAACCUGUUUAUACCGGUGUUCCUGAACUGCUGGCUUGCGAAACGGUCCCUGGAGAAUAUGUUUAACGAUUUACACCGAGCAAUGCAGAAAUCCCAGUCGGCGCUGUCACAACAGCUAAUGAUAUUGUGCGUCACCCUGCUCUGUCUAGUGUUCACAAGUGUAUGCGGCAUCCAGCAUUUCCAGCGAGCGGGCCACCGCCACCUCAACCUGUUUCAGGCUACGUACUUCGUGGUGGUGACAUUCUCCACCGUCGGCUAUGGGGACUUCGUGCCAGACAUCUGGCCGUCACAGCUGUUCAUGGUCAUCAUGAUCGGGGUGGCUCUGGUCGUGCUUCCUACGCAGUUCGAGCAACUGGCAUUCACAUGGAUGGAGCGGCAGAAACUCGGUGGCUCAUACUCUUCCCACCGCGCUCAGUCGGAGAAACAUGUGGUGGUCUGCUCCACCACCCUCCACGCUGAUACCAUCAUGGACUUCCUCAAUGAGUUCUACGCUCAUCCACUCCUCCAGGACUAUUAUGUGGUCCUACUGUCGCCGAUGGAACUGGACACCACGAUGAGAAUGAUUUUACAGGUACCAAUAUGGGCACAGCGAGUGAUCUACAUCCAGGGUUCGUGUCUGAAAGACUCCGACCUCAUCCGCGCCCGCAUGAAUGAAGCUGAGGCCUGCUUCAUACUCGCAGCCAGGAACUACGCCGAUAAGACUGCCGCUGAUGAGCAUACUAUACUCAGAUCCUGGGCAGUAAAGGAUUUUGCGCCAAACGUGCCGCAAUAUGUCCAGAUCUUCAGACCGGAGAACAAACUGCAUGUGAAGUUUGCUGAGUUCGUGGUGUGUGAGGACGAAUUCAAGUACGCGUUACUGGCUAACAACUGCACCUGCCCUGGCGCUUCCACCCUGGUGACGCUGUUGCUGCAUACUAGUCGAGGACAGGAAGGCCAGCAGUCUGCGGAAGAAUGGCAUCGGCUAUACGGCAAAUGUUCAGGCAACGAAAUAUACCACAUCGUUUUGGGAGACAGUCGCUUCUUUGGCGAAUACGAAGGAAAAAGCUUCACAUAUGCCAGCUUUCAUUCGCAUCGAAAAUACGGUGUCGCUUUGGUGGGCGUCCGACCCGCAGAACUACCGGAGUUCUACGAAGACACGAUACUCCUCAACCCCGGACCAAGACACAUUAUGAAAAGCAGCGACACAUGCUAUUAUAUGAGCAUCACGAAGGAGGAAAACUCCGCGUUCGUUGUUUCAGAUCGGCAAGACAAAACCAUACCCAAAGACCAAACCGCAUGUAGCCUACUAUCGGGCGAGAAGAAACAAGACGCGGAGGAUGGUUCCAGACAGCAGAAAAAACCAGACGGUAGUAAUGUGGCUAACUACGACCUCCCUCAAGUGAUACUGCAGGCCCCAUCGAGUACCACCCCCAACGCAUCGCCCUCACACAAUCAAGCUAAUACAGUAUCAUCCGCUAAUUUAUCUGUCGUUGGCUACUCAUCAGCAUCGGACUCGCGAACUUGCCUCAGAGAAUCACCCGCGACCGACAGUGCCACCGACAGUCAUUUGCUUUUACCACGUCCCGACUCCAAUUUCUUGAGUCCCGACUCGCUGAGCGUGCGACGUGGAAGUCGACGUCCAUCCAUAUUGCCCGUGCCGGACAUGGUGACCAGUAGUCUGAACAUAGCCUCGGACAACCAGGAGGAGGAAGGCGAGGCAGACGAGAGCGAGGAUGAGCUCGAUGAUGAUGUGCCCUGGAGGUCUCCCUCUGAGAAGAUAGCUGACGACGCGACCACAAGUUCCUUUUCGUCAAUGGAUAGCGACGCCCGGUCAGUUUGGCGCAACGAUUUCCAUAGGAUUGUCAAAGGGUUUCCCCCUGUCUCACCCUUCAUUGGAGUGAGCCCAACUUUGUGUUAUCUGCUCAAAGAGAAGAAGCCAUUAUGUUGCUUGCAACUAGCACAGGUAUGUGAGCACUGCGCUUAUAGAAACGCUAAAGAGUACCAAUGGCAGAACAAGACCAUAAUUCUAGCGGCGGAUUACGCCUCGAACGGCAUUUACAACUUUAUAAUACCGCUGCGAGCUCACUUCAGGUGCAAAACGUCUUUGAAUCCGAUAAUACUGUUGCUGGAAAGGAGACCAGACAUUGCUUUCUUGGAUUCAAUAUCAUAUUUCCCACUGGUGUACUGGAUGAUGGGUAGCAUUGACAGUUUGGACGAUCUCCUACGAGCUGGAAUAACGUUAGCCGAAAACGUUGUUGUUGUGAACAAAGAACUAUCAAACUCAGCUGAGGAAGACAGCCUGUCUGACUGUAACACUAUCGUCGCCGUACAGACUAUGUUCAAGUUUUUCCCAUCGAUCAAAUCCAUAACGGAACUGUCUCAGUCAUCUAACAUGAGGUUCAUGCAAUUCCGAGCUCAUGAUAAAUAUGCAUUGCAUUUGUCCAAAAUGGAAAAGAGGGAGAAAGAGCGUGGAUCACAUAUCUCGUACAUGUUCAGGCUGCCGUUCGCAGCGGGCUCUGUAUUCUCCGCCUCGAUGCUCGACACGCUACUCUACCAGGCCUUCGUCAAGGACUACGUUAUAACAUUCGUUAGGCUAUUGCUAGGCGUAGACCAGGCACCAGGUUCUGGCUUCUUGACCUCUAUGAAAAUAACGAAGGAGGAUAUGUGGAUUCGCACGUACGGUCGGCUGUACCAGAAGCUUUGCUCGACGACGUGCGAAAUCCCAAUCGGCAUAUAUCGCAUCCAGGACACGAGCCUGGUCGAUCCGUCGCACCACGUGAGUAUGCCGGCACCGACUCCGACCAGUCGGUUUUGGUCGCGUCUCACGGGAUUGCGAACAUCGCGCGCCUCGCAGGGCGAAGCGAGCGGGGAGGCGGGGGAGCGGAGCGGGACGACGACGGGCUGUCUGACCGGCUGUACCAGGGAGCGGACGCCCGCGUAUUCGACGAGUUCCGCUGACGAAGCAAGGGAUAACCAUAGACAACAGAUAGAAAGGGCGGAAAUAGCCAACCUUGUAAGGUCUAGAAUGGAAUCGUUGAAUCUGACAGGCGUAGACUAUGAUGAUGUGAGCGAGAAACGAAGUAGCCUGUCCUACGUCAUUAUAAACCCGAGCUGCGACUUGAAUCUACAGGAAGGUGACAUUAUAUAUCUGGUGCGGCCGUCACCGUUCUCAGCGCAGAAGACGUUCGAGCGUCACAACAGCCGGAGGAAGUCCAACAUCAGCUUCGUGUCGGGGGCUCUGAUACAGGCAGCGUGCGGCAGCCGGCGGGGCUCCGCCCUGGGGGGCCUGACCAGCCUGACACCCCGACCCCCACCCCUCACCAACACCAAGGCCAACUCCCUUUCCCUGCCCGACAGCCCGACCGUCACAGACUUCCGUGGCAGAUCGAACUCCCUGCGAGUCGUCGACGACAUUCUCCUUCACCGCUCCAAUUCCUUGAGACAGGGGCUAGGAGCCGUCCCCAACGCGCGGCGACGCAAGAGCAGCUUGGAGGAGAUAGGCAUAUCCCACUUCAACAGCCUCCUGCUGCACCAACAGCAGCAGCAGCAGCAGAACGCGAACGCUAUCAAGAUCGCCCUGAACUCGAGCAUCGGACUCGAGGUGACGCCACCCGACGAGGGGCCUUCCGACCGGCUAGGGGCCCCGCUGACUGGGUACCAGGACGUGGCGGGGGCUCUGCCCUCCACCAGCAGCGCCACCAACCUGCAGGCGCCCUCCCCGGACCCCUCCCACCUGCAGGGCACCAUCGUAUGAUACCACCUGAUGUGGGGACGCCGACACAGUUCCGUGGUCCGGAAUCGGUUCAACUGAAUUGGACACUUUCGUCGUCUCUACCGCACCUCUAGCUAUUGUUUUGUGUAUCUCUACCGGAAACUUCUGACUUAGUGGAGUGGGACACUGAUGUGUAAGAGCUGUGUAUUAUGCGGGAUCAAUUAGAUAUACGUAGACGGAUUAAUGUUGUUUUAAGGCUGUACAUACAGGCUUCGUUUAUUCCUAUCUAGCCUAUAAGACUAUAUCUCGAAUGACUAUAUUAAUGUUAUUUAUAUUUACAUAUUAUAUUUACUAUUGUUCACGUAUACCUGUACAUGUCUCAUUCGGUAUUGUAUAUUCGACUAUUACGUGUAAGGAUCGCGUUUCAUUCAUUGGAUAGAUUUUAGUUUACAAUAGAUAUCGGGUUACUAAUAAGCGACAUACGAAUUUGAAUUUAAUUCACGGUUAUCAUUAGAUUUGUUGUUGUCUAACGCAUUGUAUCUGAUUCAGUGGUAAAUAAAUAUUCUGCA